AUGCCUUACAUAACAUUAGGUGGACAAGACUCAAAUGGACAGGAAAAUAGCACGUUUAAGAAGGUGGGAUCAGUGGAUCAUUGGGUGCAUAUAACAGCAAUUAGUAAGCGUGGUGGUAGUGGUGGAGGUGGAGGCGGAGGCGGAGGUGGCGGUAGAGUAGUAGCAAUAGGAAUCGGAGGAGGUCGUGCGAGUAGCGGUGGUCAUGGAAGCGGUCAUGGAAGAGGACGUGGUAAUGAAGGUGGUGGCUCGGGAGUUAGCCAAGGAAAGGGGGGGUUCCUUCCAUACGCGGGAGUGGCCGGAGCUGAUGGAAGUCAUAGGAAAAAAGAUCAACGUGGAUCAACUUGUCCAAAUGCACCCUUUCAAAUAACUUGGCAUUUGUUUUUCUUGGGUUUUGGAAUUAUUCUUGUUCAAUUUUAA